CACAGCGCAUUCCUGGGGAGUCCUCAGCUGCCAGCAUCUGAUUAGAACCAUAUCUCUCCCUGUGAGUGGCUAGCUCCGCUCGGGAGUCUAGCGUACAACUGAGUAUUUAACCGGCCCGCGGGGUCGCCUAGUCUGCCCGGCGGAGGGUUUGGGGGUCAGGGAGAAAAGAAAUCAUGCUCGGAGCCGAAAGGAGCUAGUUUAUCACCUUGGAUUAUGUCCAUCUGAGAUUUUCCAAUCGUGAAUCCUUCUGGGAACUCAAAGCAUCUCCUGGUGCCAGGGUUCCCAUCCAGCUUCUUCAAAAUGUCUACUGAAGUUGAGAACAACAUGGCCAAUGGUCAGCCUGAUCAACAGGCAGCAACCCCCAAGCCUCCAUCAAAGAAAGAAAAAAAGAAAGGAACAGAAAAGACAGAUGAGUAUCUCUUGGCCAGGUUCAAAGGUGAUGGCGUAAAAUACAAGGCCAAACUCAUUGGCAUUGAUGAUGUGCCAGAUGCAAGAGGGGAUAAAAUGUGUCAAGACUCUAUGAUGAAACUGAAGGGAAUGGCAGGAGCUGCUCGGUCUCAGGGACAGCACAAACAGAAGAUUUGGUUGAAUAUUUCUCUCUCUGGAAUUAAAAUAAUUGAUGAGAAAACUGGGGUGAUCGAGCACGAACAUCCUGUAAACAAGAUCUCUUUCAUUGCCCGAGAUGUGACAGACAAUAGGGCUUUUGGUUAUGUGUGUGGAGGAGAAGGACAGCACCAGUUUUUUGCCAUAAAAACUGCACAGCAGGCAGAACCAUUAGUAGUUGAUCUCAAGGAUCUUUUUCAAGCCAUCUAUAAUGUCAAGAAAAAGGAAGAAGAAGAUAAGAAAAAGACUGAAGAAGCCAACAAGGCCACUGAGAAUGGGAAUGGAAACCUGCUGACACUUGAUAACCGAGCUAGCAAAAUGAAAUUGGGUGUUGACCAGAUGGAUUUGUUUGGGGACAUGUCCACACCUCCUGACCUAAAUAGUCCAACAGAGAGCAAAGAUAUCCUGUUAGUGGAUCUAAACUCUGAAAUCGGCACCAAUCAGAAUUCUCUAAGAGAAAAUCCCUUCUUAACCAAUGGCAUCACUUCCUGCUCGCUUCCUCGACCAAAGCCCCAGACACCUUUCUUGCCUGAAAAUGCUUUUUCUGCCAAUCUCAACUUCUUUCCCACCCCUAAUCCUGACCCUUUCCGCGAUGAUCCUUUCACACAAGCAGACCAAUCGACACCUUCUUCAUUUGAUUCUCUCAAACCUCCAGAUCAGAAGAAAGAGAGUCUGAAUAGCUUCUUACCGCUUCCACUGAGUAAUGGGUCUCUGAAUGGCGAUUUUGAUUACUUUGGGCAACAGUUUGACCAGAUUUCUAAUCGAACUGGGAAACAGGAGGCUCAGGCAGGCCAGUGGCCCUUUGCAAGUUUGCAAUCCAUGCCCACAAUAAGAACUCAGAAUGGGGUACUUGAAAGAGAACAAAAUGGCCUUCUUAUCAAAUCUUCCCCCAAUUUUUUUGUGGGAAGCCCUCCCAAAGGACUGUCACUACCCAACGGAAUAAAGCAGGACACAGAAAACUCUGUCCAGUCCUCACCACAUGACUCCAUAACAAUUAACCCACCUCCACAAAGUACCAAACCUGGAAGAGGCAGAAGGACUGCUAAGUGCUCAAUGAAUGACAUAUUUGGGUCAGAUAUUUUUGCUGCUCCUACCACAGAAUCCCCAAAUCAGACUUCACCAACAGGCCAACCUACAGUUUUGCAGAACAAUCCCAUGGACCUCUUCAACACUAAUGUUCCUUCCUCAGGGGGUUCCCUGGCUGGUCUAGGUGGCUUACCAGCAACUACGCCUCAGACAGGACCAUGGAACCCGCCAUCAUUAGUUUUCAACCAGUCCACCUCAGUGCUCCCUGGACCCAUGAUGAAUACUCAGCCUUCAGGAUUCAGUCAGCCUCUUGCCUUUAGUCCAAACCCACCCGUCUCAGGCUGGGAUCAGCCAACAUCUUUUGGAGCCCCACUGUCAUCCUCACCUCCUCCUCUCUGGGGCUCUACCACCAAUGUGCCCACUAAUACAUGGCCAUCACAAGCCUCUAUGGGGAACCCUUUUCAGAGCAACAUAUUCCCAACUGCUGCCACAUCAGGUCAGCAGUCUUCUGUGCUUAUCUCAGGCUCACCACCUCAGCCCCCUCCCAGAACUACCCCACAGAAAGAUAUCUCUUGUGAUGCCUUUACUGCCUUAGACCCACUUGGGGAUAAAGAAAUCAAGGAGGUGAAAGAAAUGUUUAAGGACUUACAGCUGAGGCAUCGACCAGCAGUGCCAGCGAGGAAGGGGGAGCAAGCAUCCUCUGGGGCCUCAGGAGCCUUCUCCAGUUACUUCACUAGCAAAGUUGGCAUUCCACAAGAGAGUGCAGAGCAUGAUGACUUAGAUGCCAAUCAGUUGUUGGCCAAGAUAAAUGAAGCACCAAAGCCAUCUCCCAGGCAAAGCACCCCAGUAGCUUCCAAGCCAGUGGAAAGUUCAUUUGAGAACCUUUUUGCAAUAGAUCCUUUCCGUUCUCCAUCACAAGCACCCACUGUGUCUCAUCAGCCAACAUCUCCUCAUCUAUAUGGGGAUCCUUUUGGAAAUCGAUUUGCAUAACUUCUGAUUUUGGUGCAUUACCUAUCAAGAUGAAUAAAAAGAUUGGCCACAUUUGCCAAGGACAAAGCUACUAGUGGGACAACUUGUCUUGCUCCAGCUUCAGUAUACAUUACCUUUUGCCUUAUUCCUUGAUGGCUUUUUUUUUUUUUUUUACUUAUAGAGAUAUCUUCUCACUUUUUGCCCAGACAUAAAGCUAAGCCUCAAAGCUGUGGCUUGAAACAUAAGAUACAAGAACCUGAUCUUCUAAGUCUUAAAAAAAACAAAUGAAGCCAAAAGAAUUUCUCCAAUGGGGAGAGGGGGUGAGGGAAGAGGGGACUGUGCCCACCAGUAAUUUCCCGAUUUUCCCAAAAUGCCUGGCAUCUCCCCAAAGGAUAAAUGUCAAAUAAUACCAUCUUAUACACUUCCUUCCAGAACUUUUGCUCUGUUAACAAGUUUUGGAGUUACCUUCAUUUAAGGUUUAGAAUUUUAGUGAGGUUUUUUCCUCUUUUUUUUUCCCCCAAAGGCUAACAAAUUUAUGGUUGUAAAAGGACUGAGCACUUAUUGAAAAAUAAGAAGUCAUGCUUUCCCUCUCCUCUCUCCUUCCUUCUCCAGUUGCAGAGGAUUGUGAUGAAAGUAAACUAAAACAAGUCCUUUGACCCUUCCUAGGAUAUUUGUAAUUGUCACAUCCUACAUCUCCAGACCUCACUUUUCAAAAGAUGAAAAUCCCUUUUAAAAUUCACUUUUUGGAAAUUCUCCCGAUCCUUUUUGCAGGAUUGGCUUAAUUUAUUUCCUCUGGCCCUGAAACUAUAGCAAAUCAUGGGGUAAGCAUGUUGUGGGGAGGCUAGUUUUCUUCUCCCCACCCUCCAACAUUCAUCCUAUGAUACGAUUCCUAAAGUUUCAUUUAUUUUGACCUAAAUACUGUCAUUCCCCGCCAUUUGUAGAGCUGGCAAGAUUCUGUUGGUUUAUGGGGAAACUGUCUCUUUAUGAAAUCACAGAUCUGACAUUCUUUCACUCUUUCCAGGCCUUUUGGUUAAGAGAGAGGGUGUAGUCACUUAAUCACAGUUACUCACCUUCCUUUUCCUUAAUUGAUUAUGAGGCCCCAUCUUAAAAUUAAAGUCCUAGAAUCCACUUUUUGAUCUAAUUUUUCAGUGAGCCUGCUACAGGUCUACUCAUCAUGGAGCUAUUAUAUGCUGAAGGUCAGUCCAUUUAUUAAAUGAAAUGAUUGACUCAAAUGGCUCCGGAGGUUUUGGUGGUUACAUUGGGCCCUUUAAAGUACCCAGGUAACUUUCUUCAAACAACAGGUCAGAGAUUGGUAAAGAGAAAAAAUGGAUAAGAGAUAUCCAGAACCUGAAAUAUCUGAAAAUAUUGGUUAUAGCAAUGGCCAUAUCAACCUUUUCUUUUUCCUCUUUUUGAAAAACCAAAAACGAACUUGAACUCUUUCCCAGUACAUUUUGUAUCUCUAUUUUUAGCACAAUUAUGAGAAAGAAUUUUUGCCAAAAUGAGUUUUGUAUUGCGUGUGUGUUAUUGUUAUUGCUUGUCUUUGACCCUUAACUCUCAGGUUCUUGUGGGUGUUAAACAUCCACAUUCAAUGUUAAUUUGGGGUGGAGGAAAAGGAUACCUACCUGCACUGCCAACCAGUUGGCAGAUUCAUGAACCUCUAUUGAUUUAACCCUAAAUCCUAAAUAAUUGUCUAAGGUAAAGUUAGAGUGAUAUGUUUAAUGGUAAUAGCUAUCAGUGUAUAGACUUAACUUUUCUGUCUGGCUUUCUGCUCAACCAUUUAAAAAUAUGAACUUGAAAUAGUAUUUUAACGUCCAAAUACCUAAACUUGUGCUAAAACUGGAGACAAUUAUUUGUAGGUAACUGGGAUUUUUGAAAGUAAUUUCUUGAAACCGAAUUUCAGCCACACAUGUCCUGUACAGAUCUAUUUUUCUCCUGUGCACUUUUCUGUAAUGCAAAUAAAGCUAUGAAUUUACUCCAUCUCAAUAAACUGGAAAUGCAGAA